AUGCAACGAGUAAGUUUUGCAAUGUCAAGAUUAUCGACAGCAACGCCUUCUACACAUGCUUUUCAACUUGCUGUUCGACCAUCAACAUAUCCUGUUAUUAGUGUUUGUCAGUCAAUACCUGAAUGCAAUCAAAUUGCACCGAAGAAAUGUGAGCGAUGCCAUUUGAACUAUUGUAACCAACAUUUUGUGGAACAUAAUCGAGAGUUGGCAUUAUAUCAAAAACUGGGCAUUUUUCUUUUAUAACCAUCCGUUAUCACACUCUUAUGUGGUUUUGUUUAUUCUGGGUUUAAGUGAUUUCGAUAUUCAACCGCUAAACAUCUACUUAUUCGCUAGUGGCAGAGCAACAUUUCAAAACAAAAAUGAUUUUCUUUUUUGUUUGAACUGAUAAUUUGCGAGUCGCAAACAGAAGUAAUGCUUCUUUUUUCCUGUCGGAAAGGCGUUCUUCACCGUACUACCUUAUCACCACUAUAGUAAUUCAUAAGCAAAUGAUCUCAUAAAAUAGAGGAAUAGUGCAAUUGAAGCCGUAUAUCUAUCGAUAUCUAUCGAUAGUGUCUUCAGGUAGAAACCCUACAAUGCGUCAGUUUCCCUAUCAUAAGACUUUACUAUUAUCGAGAAAAAGAUUAGACACGUCAUAUAGCGAUAAGAGUUAUUCUAAGAUUUGAGUCAUCAACAAAAAGCACCCUCUCUCUCCCACUUGUCACUCGGGUCAUCAGAUAUGUGUGAUAUAAAUUUGAUUAAAAGAAAAAAUACGAUUAUGAAUAAUGUGAAUUACACAGAUUUUCUGACGAUCAAAGGCUGGUUUGAUUAAGUGUCAGGAUGAUCACUAGUGAGAGGAUGGGUGAUCGCUUUUGCGGAUCGAACCCGCGAGUUAUUUCGGUGACAUCUGACGUAUAUAUUCUGAAUAAGAAUUGAGAGAAAAGUUACAGAAAGGCAGUCUCCAGGACUGCGUGCGUAGUAAGGGUCAGUUCAAAUUUCCAAGACUUGAGCUUUCUGUAACGAAAAAAUUUUUGUAAACAAAACCUAGAUAGUACAGACAAGUUGAGUUUAAAUAUCAAAAUAACCUAACCUACGAUUCAAAAGUAAUUGGACAAAUACAUCGAGCGUGAUUUCUACAUGUUUCUGAUGUGCUGGAAAGUUAAUUAUUUUUGCACUGGAAAGAGCAAAGUGUGAACUUUGAAAACCAUUGGAAACCAAACUUUUUGUGAUUGACUUUUAAUGAGAAAAAAUUUGAAUCUCAAGCAUCGUCCAAAAGGCUCUUGUAAAAUCCUU